AGAAUGAUCGAAAUUUUACUAAAAUGUUUAGUUGAAAUAUACUCUGGCAAAAAAUGGAGAUCAAAAAAGUUUAAAGCUGCAUUAAGAAGACUCCGGGGCAAGAAAGCUAAUAUAUCAAAAGAGGCAGCUGAAAUCCAAGAUUAUAUAGAAACUCUUGAGAAACUUCCAGAAGCCAAAGUACUCGACUUAUUUCAAAAACGAUACCUGAGUUCUGUCACAGUAAAUCUUUACUUCUGUUUCUUUUUUAGCCUAUCUCAUGAGUUGGAUACGACAACAUUAUAUAGUAUUAAGGAAGAAAAAGAAAUUAUACUCUUGUUUAUUUAUAUUGUCCAGAUUGGGGUUGGACUAAUGGUCUUUCAACAAUUUGGAGGAAUCAAUGGAAUAUGUUUCUAUACCAGCAGUAUUUUUGAGUCUGCGGGUAAAUAUAUGAAGAAUGACUUCAUUCUAUUUAUAAUCCUUCCGAGCAAAAUCCAAGUUUCCGACUUUGUCAAAUGAAUGAUCUGUAUUUCUCAGGAUUCUCAGCCAACGUAAGAACAAUAAUGUUUGCUGUUGAUCUCGAAAAUUGGUCCUUCCACGUGGCCAAUCGAUAACUACUCCACGUAUUCCUCUCUGUGCACAAUCAGCGAAUGGUUAGACGCACACGGCCGGGACUAGCGAAGGUGGUGACGGCCAUAUACACUCCGACGGUCAAGUCAGGUUUAAGUGGUCGGAACAGUACCCAGGGGCUGUGCAAAUUAAUGAUA